AUGUCGUCUCUCAGCAGAGAGUUGGUGUUCUUAAUCUUGCAGUUUCUGGAUGAGGAAAAGCUUGAACAAGAAUCCGGGUUUUUCUUUAACAUGAAGUAUUUUGAAGAUGAAGUGCAUAGUGGGAAUUGGGACGAGGUUGAGAGAUACCUCUCGGGUUUUACGAAAGUCGAUGAUAAUAGAUAUUCCAUGAAGAUAUUUUUCGAGAUAAGGAAGCAGAAGUAUUUGGAAGCAUUAGACAAGCAUGAUCGGUCCAAGGGUGUGGAAAUACUAGUGAAGGAUUUGAAAGUUUUUGCUACUUUUAAUGAAGAAUUGUUCAAGGAAAUCACACAGCUUUUGACAUUGGAGAAUUUUAGGUAAGGAUAUAAUUUUUUUCAUAU